CAACGACGAUGAUGAUGAUGAUGAUGAUGACAAUAGUAAUAAUUUUUCAAUAUAUUGAUUUCAAAACACAGCAACAGAUUUUAAUGAAUAAUAUUAUAUAAUAGUUGAGUUUUGAACAAUUAGGAAGAAGGGGUAGGAGAAAUUAUUGAAUAGUAAUCUUUUCACAAAUGGACAAAGAAAUUAUUUUAUCAAGAAAAAAUAAUCAAUGCUUAAUACAUUCCUCUCUAUCAUUUUUGUUCUUUUUAUCUUAUUAUUUCCAAUAAAAAUAUAAAUCUGAGAGAGGGCUUUGUUUCAAUGUUGCCUUGAGUUGCACGAAUGGAGUGGGUAAAGAAAGUAAAUAAAAGAAAGUAUAAUAGAAUAAUGGGGUGGUGGAUAGGACCCAAAAUUGAUAAUGAUAAUAUUAGCUGCUAAACAAACAAGGUAGAAGAGGGGAGAUGUAAGGGAGAGGAGGAGAGGCAGAAGGGAAGAAGUCAGUUUGAACACCUACUUUGAACUUGAACUUAAUCUGAAAGCUGGGGUCAAAACAGGAAUAAUAGCAGUAUCUUAUUAAGAAAAGCAAUAAUAUAAGGGAUGGAGGAAAAGGAAGGGGGUGGAAAGAAGGAGCAGGAGUGAAACAAAGUAGAUUGAAGUUUUAUUCUAGAUUGAAUCCCCAUUUGGAAAGUAAUAUUGAAAUGUGGAGGUGAAUGGCAUGGGAGGGUUUCUAAUAGUUUUAGAAAUAAGUAAAUAGAAUUAUGUUUUAGCAGAGCAUAGUUUUCUUUAUUCCUUUUGUUUGUCUCUCCCUAACUGGAUUUGUUGAGAAGUUCAACAAUAGCUUGGAAAUGAGGCUCCCAGUUUUCUUCGCACAUCAGCUUGGCAGUUGAAGGCAGGAAUCGACUGCAAGUCAAACCCCACCUUCCUAUCCCACACCCCACCUCGUUUCACAAAGACUUGCAGAAAAACUCACUCAGCUAUUUACAAAUACAGUAACACCAUACAUACAUAUAUAUCCAUGUAAGUCUACUUACACACACACUCGCACACACAGAUUGAGAAAUACUUGCAGAAAUGCACAACACCUUGCUACAGUAGCAGCCUCCCACUGGCCGACACACAACUCCUCUCAAGCAUCAACACACAGUCACUCUCACACACUACUGCUGCAGCAGUUACAUUGGAAAUCUACACCAGGAUACACUUCUCCAGUCACAGCCAGCAACAAAGGAUUAAAACAAUGCAGGUUUAUUUUACCGUUGCAUCUGAAGUCUUCAUACUACAAAGUGGAAUAUGUUGAUGAAAAUAUGGUUUUCAUUUUCAUUUCUACAUGUUUCUUUGUGUGUGGACCUUAUUUAUCAUGUGAAAGAAGAAAGAAGUCCAGCUACAUACAUCGGCGACAUUGCAGCUGACUCUCAGCUACUGGGCAGUGUUUUACCUGGAGACAGCAGGCUGAUAGCAUUCAGCCUGUUGCAAAGAGUAGGUUCUCAACUGUUCAAUGUCACCAAAUCAGGAAAACUGUACACUGCUCAGAAACUGGAUGCAGAGACUUUGUGUACAUAUAAUAAAGAAUGUUUUAAAAUUGUCAAGGCUGCUGUCCGAAAAGCCAAGACUUUUAUGAGAAUUCUAAAAAUAAAAGUAAUAAUAGAAGAUGCCAAUGAUCAUCGGCCUGAGUUUCCUGGUAAAAGUAUUAACAUUGAAUUCUCAGAAAAUGAUCGCAAAGGAGCAAGAAAAUCGAUCCCUAAUGCCAUAGACAGAGAUGUAGGAAUUCUCAAUUCACAAAUUCAUUACCAACUUGAAAAGCUUCAAGAGGAACCAUUUUCAUUGUUUGUUUCGAAAAGAGCAGAUGGCAUAUCCACUCUUGAAAUUGUUUUAGAUCAGACACUAGACAGAGAAGUAAAAAGUAACUACCGCAUUCAACUUAUUGCUAGUGAUGGGGGUUCACCUACUCAAAGAAGUUCCUUGGUGGUUGAAAUUUCUAUCAAGGAUGAGAAUGACAACCGACCAAUUUUCUCCCAGAAAAUAUAUAAUAUUUCAAUUAGAAAUAUACCAAACAUUCAUUUGCCUGUUGCUGUUUUAUCUACAACAGAUCUUGAUCAAGGACAGAACAACAAAGUUACAUACUUCUUUAGUCCAAUGACUUCUGAUGUAGUGAAAAGUCAUUUUAGUUUGAAUAAGACUACAGGAGAGAUAUUUUUACAAAAACAUUACAACCUUGAUGAAAAACUUACAUAUAAAUUAUAUAUCGAAGCCAGAGAUGCAGGUAGCCCUCCUCUCAGUUCUAUGGCAACAGUUUUAGUAAAUGUUAUCAACCAACACAAUAAUCCUCCAACCAUUGAUAUAGAUUUUGUUUCAGCUCUAAGUGAUGACACAGCAACUAUCUCUGAAGAUAUCAAAGUUGGUAGUUUCAUUGCCUAUGUGAUGGUCACUGACAACGAUGUAGGACACAAUGGUCAGGUCAGCUGUGAUAUCAAACAUGAAAAAUUCAAGCUCUUAUCAAUGGGUUCUAAAGAGUAUAAAAUAGUAAUGAAAAGCCAAGUGGAUAGGGAGGCUGAGGACCACUAUGAUAUUACCUUGUCGUGUGAAGACAAAGGAUCCCCUUCUCGCAAAGUACAGAAAAGAUUUUUUCUACAAGUGAUGGAUGUUAAUGAUGUUCAACCACACUUUAUCUCAGAUUCUUUUAAAUUUCUGACAUUUGAAAAUGAGAAAGAUAAGUUCCCAGUAGGUUAUAUCAAUGCCACAGACCCAGAUCUAGGAUCUGGAGGUCAACUAACAUAUACUUUGUUUGGUUACAAUGGAGACUUCCUUCCCUUCCAAAUCACUGAUUCAGGAUUCAUAUCGACAUCCAUGUCACUUGACAGAGAAAAACAACAUAUUUAUGCGUUUAAAGUUUUAGUUAAAGAUAAAGGAAGACCAUCUCUGAAUAACACAGCAAAUAUCACCAUUGAAAUUUUAGAUGAAAAUGAUAAUGCCCCUUAUUUUACAUUUCCUAGUGUUAAUCCUUUUAGUCUUGAUGUCCACUAUCAUCCUCAAAGUAAUAACGACAUCACAGUUCUGAAAGCCUCUGACAGAGACAGCAGGGAAAAUGCUUUCUUGAGAUAUGAAAUUCUAAAAGGAAACAACAAUCGGUUAUUUGUAAUCAAUUCUUACACUGGCACUUUGUCUUUCUCUCGAAAAGUUUACCAAAAUGAUGCUGGAUCAUAUCAACUGCAGUUUAGGGUCAAAGACAGCGGUACUCCAGUUCUUUCAGCAUCAGUUACAAUAUCUUUGACCUUAACUGUUAGUAACAAGACAUCUCCAUCAUUAACUGCUGUUCAAAUACAAUCUGACAGUAUGAUUGAUGUAACGUGGGUAAUUAUAAUUGUAGUUUCAGCUGUGAUAAUAUCUGUGGCAAUUGUGAUUUCUAUAACGCUCUGUGUUGUCCGAUGCAAUAAUGGAAGAAAUGGCUCUGUGAGAGCUCGGGGAAACCCACCAUAUCAAUCUCGCACAGAAAUGAGACAGCUGAUCUAUCAAACUACUACUACCCCUAGCAGCAUGCACCCAGAAGAGAUGCUUAACAGAAAUAACCAGUCAAAUAGAUCUAGGAACCAAUUUCAGCCAGAAGAAGGACCACAAAUGGAAUGGAAAACAUCGACAAUUAUGAGAAGCCUCCCCAAAGUUUCUAAGAUGUAUCAUGAGUCAAUGGAAAUAGCACCACACAGUGAACAGCCUCAACAGAAUACUGAGAAUGGCUCCCGCUAUCUCACUGACACAAUGCCAACACAGGGAGACAGCAGCCAUUGUUGGACUAAGGGCUUCACAGAGCAAUAUGAAGAAAUUCCAGGAGUGUUAGAUUAUAAAAGGGGACUUCAACAACCUAAACAGGAAAACUCAGGAUUGAAACAACAUUUUUCUAACCAGGUAUAUUUAAUGGAGAGACAAAGAUUAACAUCCCCACAGUCCCAAGUUAUUAAUUUGAAUUCAACAGUUCCCACUUAACUAUAUCACCAGUUUCACAGCAAAAACAACUUCACAUGGAUAUUAGAAAAUAAUAUAAUUUUCACUAAAUGCAAAAGCAAUUUUAAACUGAAAAACCAUUGUUCAAUAACUGGAUAGAAUUGAAUGUUUGAAGAACUUGUUUGAACAUGCUAUGCAUUUUAUAUGAAAUGAACCUCAGCUUUGGAAAUUACACUUCUUCUAAAUGCUAUUUUUUCUGUUAAAUUUCUAUUUCUCAAAUAUUUAUAGAAAUGAAGUACAAAAACAAAAUCUAAAAACAAUUCUGUUUCUCUCCUGAAAGAAGACACGGAAACUGUUCGGCUUACAACUUAUUGAUAGACUAUUUCAGCCUGGAGCUAAAUGAAUUCUGGCUCUUUCUGAUAUUCCAUUGAGGUGCUUCAGUUAAAACAUAAAGUUUAAAAAGAAGAUUUUUGCACAUCGUGACAUCACACUGGAAACAACAAAUGAAAUUUAACAUUUAUGAAAAAACAAGAAGGUAUAUAUAUAUAAA